GGAAAAUAAAGAGCUCACCCAAUAAGUACAGUCCUGUUUUUACUGAGUACGAGACUCUCCCUCUUCCUCGAGCCCAACCUUCCUUUUCCAUACUGUCUUCUCUUUCUACAGCAUUUUCUCUGUUGAAAAAUUAAAAAACUAGAGAAGAAAAUAUAUUUGACAUUCAAGUUGACCGCCUGCAGAUUAGCAGAAGCAUUCUUGUUGUUUUGCUCUUAUAUAGCCAGGGCACUCCUUUUUGCCAGAAACUUGUGUGACCUUCUUCUCCAAUGCACCUGUUAAAGGGUCUAGUCCAUUUUCUAACUGGGUUUCCCGAGUUGCCAAAAUCAAGAAAAAGAAUCCCUCCAUUUUUUUGAGGCAAAAGAAAUUACCUUUGCGAAAAUCCCUAAAGUAUAUUUCAACCCACAUUCUCCGGACGAAGAAAGCACCCACCUUUUUACCCCUCUUUUGUUUUCUUCCAUUUUUCACCCCAAAGAAAGAGGGAGAGGAGAGAUGGGGUGUGUUUCUUCAAAGUUUGAGCAAGAGGAAGAAGGGGUAGUAUCCAUAUGCAGAGAAAGAAAGAAGCAACUGAAGCUUACUGUAGAGAGAAGGUACAGCUUAGCAGAUGCGCACCAUAGGUACUGCCAAGCACUAAAUGGAGUCUCAGCUGCUCUCAGGCUCUUUGUGGCUCGCCAUACUUCACCUUCUUCUCCAUAUCUCAUCACCUUCCCACCACCACCUUCCCCUCCUCAGGAAAAUAAGGCUGAUUCAAACCCAAUGUUUCUUCAGCAAAACCCAACCCAAGAAGCCGCUGACUGUCUGGGGUCAUGCCUACACUCUUCAGAGGAUGAAGAAGAAAAGGAAGAAGAGAAUGAGGAAAGAGAGGAUGUAUACCACCUCGAGAAGAAAGAGGAGAAGGCCCAGCAGGCAGCAGCAGUUUCUGGGUAUUUUUAUAUGGAAAUGCCUCGAGAAGAGGUAUUGCAGCAUUCAACACAAAUACCCGCCGGUGAUGGUUAUGGUGGUUGGGAUUUCUUUAACCCUUUUUAUGGGUACAACCACCAGAUCUCGGAGGAGGAUUUGAAGGUGGUGAGGGAGAGAGAGGGAAUACCAGAGUUGGAGAAGGAAGAAGAAGAAAUUUGUAGUAGAGUAAUGAAAGAUGAGAGAGCAGAAAGUGGGAAAGUGGAACAGAAAUGGGGUGAGGAGAUGGUAAAGGGAGGGGAGAGCGAAAGAGUUGUGGAUGUUUUGAAGGAGGAGGAGGUGGAUAAGAAGGGGAUAACAGAAUUAACUGACAUGGAGAAAGGAUUAGAUGGGGGGAGGGAGCUGCUUGAAGCAUUGAAGGAUAUUGAGGAUCAUUUCACCAGGGCAUACGAUUCUGGGAAGGAAGUGUCCAGGUUGUUGGAAUCUAAUUGGGUUCACACCCAACCAAAUUUGGAGGAUUUGAGAGGAAACAUCACAACAAAACUGCUAGCACUCACAUGGAUGCCUACCCCAGCAGCAGCUCAUUCUCCAUUGUCAUCAUCAUCCUCUUCUAAUAAGAGGAGUCUUGUGGCGUCUACUUCAAAAAGCUCCUCCACCUGGAUGACAGAAAUCACCAACGAUGUCUUUGGUGACCAUGGAGGAUCUGGAAGCCAUUCUCUCACGCUUGGAAGGCUCUACGCUUGGGAGAAGAAACUCUAUGAAGAGGUCAAGAAUGGGGAUAUCACUUGGAAAUUGUACGAGAAGAAAUGCAAGAAGCUAAGAAGAAACCAAGAUGCUGCCAGAAUAGGUGAUGAAGAAGGAAAGAGAGGAGGAGGGGCAGUAAAAGAAUUACAAAGCAGGAUCAUAGUCGCUAUUCGGAGUGCAGAAACAAUUUCAAAAAGAAUUGAGAAUCUUAGAGACAACGAGCUUCAACCUCAAAUUAUUCAACUCCUUCAAGGCAUGAUGAGUGCUUGGAAAAUCAUGUUGGAGUCCCAUGAGAUUCAGGACAAAAUCAUGACCCAAGUGUCAAGCUUCAACUGCCCUACCUAUGGAAAAUUCUGCAAUGAUUCUCACCGCCUUGCAACCCUCCAGCUUCAGGUUGAGCUUCAGAAUUGGCGUUCUUGCUUCACUGCGUAUAUUGCGGCCCAGAAAGCAUAUGUUCAAUCCCUCCAUGCCUGGCUGUCUAAGUUUGUUGUUGUUUCUCAUGCCGUUGACUUCUACUAUUCCACCAAUGGUCCCCCACUUCUCACUGUUUGCCGUGACUGGUUAUCUGCAGUGGAUAACUUGCCUGACAAGUCAGUUUAUUGUGCUCUAAAAUCAUGUGCAAAAGAUGUCGGGGCCCUCUGGGCCC